AUGGAUGGUGAUGUGAAGCUCUCCCAGAAUGAUGGAGAAGCACUGGAAGAUCCUUCCCAGUAUAGGAGAUUGAUUGGAAAAUUGUUGUAUCUCACUAUCACACGGCCAGAUCUCUCAUAUUCAGUGAAUCGGCUAAGCCAGUUUCUUGCUAAUCCUACAGUGACUCAUUUACAGGCAGCAUUUCACGUUCUACAAUACUUGAAAGGCACAGUUGGUCAGGGCCUUUUCUUCUCCUCUACCUCGACAAUUGAGUUGAAAGCUUUUGCUUACUCAGAUUGGGUUGCUUGUCCUGAUACAAGAAAGUCCAUUAGUGGCUUUUGUGUUUUCAUUGGAGACUUACUUGUCUCGUGGAAAUCUAAGAAACAACAGACAGUGUCAAGGUCUUCUGCAGAGACAUGUUGGGAAUAG